ACAUUUGGGUUUCUUUUCUUGCUCGACAAUCUUCGAAGUUCCAUCAUUAACCACAUCAUCCUAAAUACGAGCCCCACAUAUAUAAGGCUUAUAAUCAUAGUUUCACAACAUUUUAAUUGGUUUAUGUUGCAGACUUCAAAUACCCUUUGUUGCUUGCUUAUUACUCACACCCUUUUUCUCUCUAGAUUUCCUAGCUCCUUGGGUGGUUUUUUGUGGUCUCUUUCUUAGUGUGGUUUCUGAUUUUACCUCUCGUGAGGAGUUUCUCCAUUUCUUUUCUUUAAGGCCUCCUCAAUUUUGAUUCUUGGAGUAACUUGAUCUUCAUUCUAUAUUUUAAGUUAUAUUUAACCAGAACAUAGCAUCUAAGAUACCCAACAAAAGCCAUUUUCCCUUUUCAACAAACUUGGUCUUUUCAGAUUCUCGGACACAAAUGUUUCGGUGGCUAUUGAAGCCCAGGUUCUAUUCAAAAUGCUUGUCCUACGUGAAGUUUAUGAAGACUCGGCUAGAGAUUAUACAGAAUAGGAAGAAAGCGGAGCAGAAGUUAAUGAAGAGUGACAUUGCCGAGCUUCUUAAGAGUGGCCUUGACUACGAUGCAUAUAUAAGGGCUGAACGGCUUCUGUUCGAGCAAAACAUGUUGUCCUGCUAUGAACUCGUUGAAAAGUUUGUAGGAUGCAUAUCAGAUCAUGUUGAAGACCUAACUAAGCAGAAGGAUUGCCCUGAUGAAUGCAAGGAAGCUGUGCCAUCAUUGAUGUAUGCUGCAGCAAGAUUCGGUGAUCUGCCAGAAUUGCGUAACCUCAGAACAUUAUUUACUGAGAAAUUUGGGAAUUCUCUUGAACCUUGUAUUAAUAAAGAGUUUGUUGAGAAGCUGAGGCGAGAUCCGCCUACGAGAGAAAUGAAGAUUGGACUACUAUAUGAUAUAGCACAAGAGUUCUCUGUAGAGUGGAAUGACAAUGCUCUGAGGCAAAUACUUUAUACACAAUCGUCAUUAUGUGAAGAGAGGCCUAAUCCCGGGGGAGACUUCAAUACAUCUAAAGGGAAAGAAAAAGACACAGACACCCUACCUCUUGGAAGGAAAGAUUUCAAUGAUGACUCAUUGAUACACCAAAAUAGUAGUGAUGAUGAAACAAGUACAGAGCUGUCAUCCCAUGAUGGCAGAAAGGGUAGUAGUUCAAGUUCAUUGGGAAGCUUUUCUGAGGAUGAAGCUGAAACUAAGAGGCCAAUUUCUUCCUAUUGGAUCAUUCCACCCCCAUACCUCAAACAAAAGACCAACACAGGUGAAAGCAAUUCAAAGAAAACAACACAUUCUGAGGCUGGUGGAAUGAAAUCAGGCAAAGGAAAACCUUAUCCUUCUCAACAACCAGAUCAUGAUACUGGCCAAAACAGAAGGCGUACAACAUCACAUGUCAGAGGAAAAUCUCUUUCUUCUGAGCCAACAACUGCAGUGGAAACAUCAAAGGGGCAUACACGAACAAUUUCCUUAGAAUCAGGAAUUCGCGGUGGUGGUUCAUGGCGUGUGCAUCCAAAUCUACCCGAUUAUGAUGAUUUGAGAGCUCGUCUUUUAGCUCUCAGACAAAGAUAAGAAACUUACAGCUUCACUAGCACCAGCAUCAGAUAGAACUUUCUCAUUCUCAUUAUUGUUUGGUUUGAUUUGGUUUGAUUAUCCUUUUAUGUUGGCAGUCACGGGAAUUUAUGUGAUCUAGGUCAUUUUUUUAUGUCCUGUCUCAGCAUAUGUAGACAUUUAAGAUAGUUUCUAUGAUUCAUUAUCUAUAUAUCAUGUUUAGGAUUCAAAUCACAUUAUUGUAUAGCUUAAUGAUGUCAGAUUAUAGGGUCACCCUCGGGGACUAGUUCCUAUAUGUGUACAUAAGAAUUUUAGGAUUUAAAGUUAUAUAUAUUGCAAGAAAUUCAAACUCCAUUUCCUCU